AUGACGCGGUCUAACAAGAAGACUUCUGUGAUUUUGAUGAAACUUUGCAUGGAUCACAUACAAGAAGUGUUGGACAAAUGGACUCAAAUCGAUGACGAAAUUUGGGCGAAAGUUAUCGUUUUAGAAAGAAACAGAAGAGUUGCCAAAGCGUAUGCCAGAGCCCCUGUUCUGACCAUCAAUGGAUCCGACGAUGGAUUUGAUGGAAUGAGAAUCGGAUUAUGCGGUUUCGAUAAUCCCAUGAGAGAUCAGAGGACGGAGGAGAUCAAGAAACACAUAGGACAGGGCGUUAAAAUAAAAAUGGACGAUGCCGGCAAUAUCCUGGUUCGUAGAUAUUCCAAAAGCAACGUCUAUAUCAAAUCCUGUUCGGUUCAAAACGGUUCAGAAGCUGAACCAGCUGCAAUACCUUUGGAACCUGACAAGAUUGUAAAGCUGUUCGAUAUGAAACGUUUUGAGCAAAGCGUCUCCAGAGAAUUGAGGAGGUCCUAUCCUGACAGACGUAGAUUGGAGACAGCGUGCCUUAGCACAUUGGCAUUCGUUUUGGCACCGCCACCAGACCAAUUGGCAACACCAUUAUGGGUCCUGGUGGUCAAUGUGGUCGCUAUGGAUAUGUUGAAGACAAAGUUACCAAUGGUUUCCUCGCCCCAAGCAGAACCAGCAAUGCACCUGGACAUCCGCACCCGGCCUCGUAUUCCUGCACCAGACGAGGAUCCCUACAGUCAUCUGACAGCAGGCGGAGUAAACAACAGCAACAACAACAACCAUAACGGAAACGGCGUUUCAAACCAUCACGGACAGAUGUCACCACGAUCUGGCAACGACAACGGAUCCAGUUCCGGAGGAAGUUCACAAGGAGGUGGUAACGGCAGUGGUGCGCCGCCCGUUAUGAUGAGGCAGACGUCGUCAAAUGGUUAUGCAGGAUCGAGCACAUACUCCUCUGGAUACGUGGCAAGCACGCGCGAAUUGCUUUUGGCACAAAGACGUGGAGGAAAUGGUAUUUCUGGAGGAGCCAGAGACAGGCCUCCAGAGUUGCCACCACGGGAAAGAAAACGGGAUGGAGAAUCGUUACCAGAAAGAGACAUACCCAAGCCCGAUUACGAUGAUAUCGAAGAAGACGUUAGAAUACAACCAUAUCCAGUAUCCAGAGGAUCACACAAUACUGACAAAGGCAAAAAUAAUAAAAAAUACGAUGACCCCUACUACUGCGGUCUUCGCGCCAGGGUCCCGAACUUCGUCAAAUCCACAAAACAAAGUUCAAAACAACAACAAGUAGCAACCGGCAAACACGGUCCUAGCAACGGCCUCAGCAACAAUAACAACAAACGUUACUCCAUGGCCGGAAUGGGAGGGCCAAGUGGCCACAUGGGCUACCACCAUCAACAAUACCCACCCGUGUGGCACGCCAGGAGCUACGAGAGCGGGAUAGAUUCAGAAAGCAUAAUGACGUCAGAAUCUCCAUACCAUCACAUAUACGGCAGACUGCCUUUGCCAAAUAGAGGUUAUUUAAUGCAAAGAGAAACACACAAUGCACGUAGUGGACUUUAUAUUGGAGAGUGGGAUUGA